AUGUUCAAGCAAAUUUUCGAGGAGCUAAUCGAUGAUUUCUGCCGCUGUGGGAAGCCUACUGUGCGAAAGACGUCAUGGGCUGAUGGUAAUGCGGGGCGGAGUUCCUAUUUAGAAGGCUGUAAUUUCCUAACGGCCGCAGUUUCUACUCCUGCUAAUAGUUUAUCGCAUUCUUUAUUAUUACUAUGGGGUCCUGAAGCACAAGGAGAUUUGACCCGUUGGUGUCAAUUAGGUGGUCUGUGGACUUUUGUUGCUCUGCAUGGUGCUUUCGGACUAAUAGGUUUCAUGUUACGUCAAUUUGAGCUUGCUCGAUCUGUUCAAUUGCGACCUUAUAAUGCAAUCGCAUUCUCGGGUCCCAUUGCUGUUUUUGUUUCUGUAUUCCUGAUUUAUCCACUAGGACAGUCUGAACUUUUCAUGCUUCGCUUCGGCCUUCGGAAAGUCUUCUUUUCAAGCAAUGAAGUGAACCCCGCAUCUGAGGGUCGGGGCGUGAAGGCCUGCCGGCUUUGGAAAUCUGACGGUGAGUGA